UUCUCCUCUAGUCGAAAGGAAAGAGAGAGCGCACCCUAGACAUCAGAGCGAUAGUCUCCGGGGAAUUGGGGAAGUUUCAUUAGGGAACGAGUAAAGGGAGGAAGUGAGGAGGUGGAAGAAAAAAAGGGACAAAAAACAUCUGGACCUAAUUUGUACCCGGUGGAGUGAAAUAAAUAAAAAAAAGACUUCAAUAAAAUUGCAUUUUUAGUUCAAGGCGUUUUCAUUGGCUUGCAGGGACAAAAGAAAGGGGGCGCUUCUUCCACUUUCUUUCUUUUCUUUUGCUGGCGAUCAAACUGUCAUGCAACCCGAUGGAAGGCGCAUUCUUCAUCCUUCGUAGCAGGGCAUUUUGCCUCGGUCUGGUGCUGCGGCUAUCAGUUGGACAAGCUGUCCCGUAGAGAGAAGACCGUCUUCGGACACCAUGCCCCAGGAAAGUGGAACUCACUCAAAAAGUCCUGCGCUUUGCCUUGGCUGUCGGUCGUAACUCGGAAAUAUUAAUCCACGCUUUCAGAUCUGAAGCCAUCAAGUGUGUGGAUGACAAAUACACCCGCCCGAAAGAAAUACAUUUCAUUAAUGAAAAGUAUUGUCAUUGCCGCUGUCUAUUCGCUGGGGACCUGAACGGCGGCUAUCAAAAAAGCGAUCUUAAAAAACGAACUGGAAUUAAGGCCGCUUUUGUUUUCUCGUACAAUGGUUCUUUUUUGUUUUUUGGGGACAUCGCAUGUGAGGUGAGGCCAACAGGUCUUCUGGGUUGCUGAGGCAUAUGUCAGCUACGACCCACCCAACAACUGAUACUCCAUGGGAGAAUGAGCUUUUACAAUCAUGCUAUUUGACCACCUCCCUUAUACUCCUGCCUAAAUGACUAUUUUCCAGAACACCGUCACCAUGAAGAGCAGGUACCAGCAGUACUACAACAAAUGCAUCAUCGAGCUCCAUUACAUUAGCGCGAAGAACCUCUCACCUACGGAUCUGGAGGAUCGCAAGCAGCCUGUGUCAGGGUUAGACAUUCAGAAUACCCUAUUUGUGAUCAUCUGCAGCAUCAUCAUCCUUGAGAACUUGCUGGUGCUCAUUGCAGUCUUCCGAAACAAGAAAUUUCACUCAGCCAUGUUUUUCUUCAUCGGGAACCUGGCCUUCUCUGACUUGCUAGCCGGUGCAGCCUACAUCGCCAACAUCUUCCUGUCUGGACCUCGAACCUUUGACCUGGUCCCAGUCCAGUGGUUUAUUCGCGAGGGCACGGCCUUCAUUGCCCUAGCAGCCUCGGUCUUCAGCCUGCUAGCUAUUGCCAUUGAACGAUACAUCGCCAUCACAAAGGUCAAGGUAUAUGGCUCAAACAAGACCUGCCGCAUGUUCCUCCUGAUCGGGACAUGUUGGAUCACUUCCAUUCUGCUGGGCGGCAUGCCCAUUCUGGGCUGGAACUGCAUUGGUGACCUGCCCCAGUGCUCUGCAGUGCUGCCACUCUACUCUAAGCACUAUACGUGCUUCGUGGUUGUAAUCUUCAGCGUCAUCCUCCUCUCCAUUGUCAUCCUGUAUGUACGCAUAUACCAGAUUGUACGAUCCAGCCACCAGGAAGCCACCAACUCGCCUGCCUACGCCUUACUGAAGACUGUCACCAUCGUACUGGGGGUCUUCAUCAUGUGCUGGCUGCCGGCGUUCUCAAUUCUGCUCCUCGACACAUCCUGCAACAUGGCCUCAUGCCCCGUACUCUCGGAGGCCACCAUCUUCUUCGGCGUGGCCACGCUCAACUCUGCACUGAACCCACUGAUCUAUACAUUGCGCAGCAAGGACAUGCGGCGAGAAUUCCUGCGAGUGCUUUGCUGCUGGGGGGUGCUGCAGAGUGGGCGUCCCUCUGAGCGCUGCAUGGUUCCACUCAAGAGCUCCAGCUCCAUGGAGCACUGCACCAACAAGCAUGAAAAUCAGACCACACCCAUCAUGCAGGAAUGUACCACCUGUGUCUAACAGAAAGGAGGUUAGGUUAUUCAAAGACAUGCAUAGCUCAAGGGAUGUACAAAACCUAUACCCCCAAGAAGCGCUCAAACCCUUUCCCAUACCCCAGUAGACAUCGUAUUUGGGAGAAGGGAGAGUGUAUCUUUCUGUAUAGUAAUCACCCCAACUGAACUCGGAGUGAUCCCUCACGUCAGCACACAUUAGUCACAAAUAUCGCCAUGCAUGAUCACAAUCAAAUUCACGUGGAAUAUCGUGAAGCCUGAGACAUUCAAUUGUGACAAGAGACCAAUGGAUUUUGAGAUAUAUUUGGCCUUUGUUAUAAAUGCUGGUAUUUUGACCAGGUUUUUGUAAAUCUUUUUUAAAAUCAAGAUGAAAGCACAGCUCGGAGUACAAGAGGUACAUGACAGGCCAGAAGCAUUUAAGUGCAGAUGCUGCUCAUCCACAGUUACUCUGGACUCCAUUGCGCCGCCCAAGCGGACAGCAGGAGACAAGGUGAUAAGAGAGAUGUCACCACCAUGGAGGAAUGACUUAAGAACCCAAAGAUGGAGAUGCAGAUCCUGACAGAAAAUAAAUGCCUUUGCCUAGAAUGGUGGUUAGCAGGCGCUCUUGUGUACCUGCUUCCUGUAAGAUUAGCAUAAUCCAUGGCCUCUUUACUUGGGCCAGAAAACGACCAUCUUGUGACACCAAGCCAAUAGGCUUCAUGUCCCUACAAAGCCGAAUGUAACAAUGAAGUAAUGAGUGGGUGUUAGGUGGGGUGGGGUAUGGCUCCACCCUCUGGCAGUAUUAGAGUAACUGAGGAUUCUUAUCGAUUACGUAGUAUUGAUCUGUCAUUGAGACUGCAGUGAAUUAACUCUUUCCUCACCAGAGCCUCGCACAUCUUGGUUGUUGAGCACAGGCACACAUUCAUGUCGCGAGAAAUACAAAAAUAAUAAAUAGAAAGAUCUCUAUGCAUAUAACAGUAUUUAACAACUGUAAUAGUGGGAAGAAAAGUCAACCUAAAAAUAAAAAAUAAAUAAAAAAAUGUGGAAAGAGCUAAAAAUGUUUAAGAAGGGAAAGGAGCGGAGGGUAAACUGGCAUACAGUUUGCGAUGUAAUUCGAUUGAUUACAUCAAUCGGAAAAAACUACGUGUAAGAAUAAAAAAUACGUGGAUAAUGUUUCGCACAAUCAAUGAAGCCGCGGAAAAGCCAUGAAACAGGAGUCUUUCCCAAUACCACUACUACCCAGCUCUCCCGUAUGAUGUAUGUGUGUAUGUGUGCAUGCUUUUUUUCUUCCACAAGUCGUACCAAAUUGAUUUAGUGAAGGUCAUCAAGACACAUUGACCAUAGUCCCACCAAGUCUGACCAGACUUGUCGGCACCACUGCUGUCCACACGUGUGUGUGUGUGGGAGGGGGGGGGUUAGAAAAACGACAACUUUUGGCUUUCCGCCUUUCCGCACCCCCCCAACCCCCCAUGCAGAACUGGCUCCUGAGAGGCGAGGUGGAACUCAUCUAUUCUUGUCUUAUAGGGAACUGGGGCUGCAGGAAGUCCUGUGUUUUUCUUCCUGCGUUUUUUUUUUUUUUUUUUGUACGUAGGACAGACCGAGUCCCUCUCCCAACACACGCUGACUCUAUGCAGAACUUGGUCCUGCAACAGCUCGUGGCGGAAUUACUUAAUGACUUUCAUCGCAAUUUUUCCAUCACGGUUCUGCUAUUGCCCCUGGUAGAAGUUUGGGGGAGGGAGGAGGAGGGCAAGGUGAUAGUGUUACUUAGCAACGUCUGUCAAUCAAUGAGGCAGCCAAUAGAGAACAAAGAAAAGCACUUUGCCGGUAAUCGUAAGACCCACCCGUUCUUGCUGAGUUUUCAGCAAAGGAACUUGUCCUUGUAUAAACCUACAUUUUAUUCUUUGUCACGGCAGAGCUUCAAGGUAUCUACUCUAAUCCUGUGGAGCAAUGUAUGAUUUUAUGUUAAAUAUUCAAAUAAUAACUUGUAUCUAUGUAUGUAUGUAUGUAUGUAUACGUUCAUGUAUGUACUGUAUAUAUGUUAUGAUUGUUUUUGUGUGCAAUAGCAUUUUUUCAAGUAGCACGCUGCCUGUGUCCAUUCGGUACAAACCAAACACUAACAUGGUACAAAUAAAGUUUUGUGAAAUGCAUUCCUUUUUUUAUUAAAUAAACAAUUUCAUCAGAUAUA